CCACCUGAUAUCACAAUGAGAUCCAGUCUAGUUCUGUUAACGCUCGCUAUAGCGAUCACAGUGGUCCAUUGUGUUCCGAACAUAAGGGAAAAGACAACAUGUGAAAAUAAGUCAGCUUAUUUGAAAUGCAGUCGUGGAUACACCCUCACCAUUAUAACGGCCAGAUAUGGCCGAAGUGACCAUGCUACGUGUCCGAGUAAGAAGAUUCGAACCACCUAUUGCUCCUCAUCAAAGUCUCUCAAUGUGGUCAAACGCUCGUGUAACGGGCUUCAAUCAUGUAAAGUACGUGCGUCCAACAAGGUGUUCGGGGAUCCCUGUCGAGGAACAUACAAGUACCUUAGUGUUCGAUAUGUGUGCAAGAAAACCGCACCGGCAGGUAAGUAAUAUACUUAGUGACCACGUGACUGGUGGAAAUGCACGUGCUUAU